GACAGCGAUUGCGACGCCGCGGCCGAGUCUGCUCUGUCCGUGAAGAACACCUUCUUUGAGCUGGUCGUCAAGGGGUCCAAGAGCCGGUCGCCCUCCACGCCAGCAUCUUGGAGGCCCGGCGCCGCCAGCCGGCGCGGCUUCGUGGUGGGCGAGCAGGCGGACGGGUGGCUGAGCGACGACUCGGCGACCACGGCCUCGCGGGCGCACUCCCGGGGCGCGCCGUGGGAGGACCAGCGGCCGGCGCGCAGC